AAAAUGUCGUCGAUUGUGGAUAUCAUCAAUCACUACCAGGCCAGCAUCAACAAGUCGUUAAAUGACACGGCCAGGAUUGUACACUGCAUCGGGAAGCUGUACAAGCUACCAAUCUCCGUUCGACAUCUGCAAGAUACCGGCAUUGGACGUACGGUCAACAGUCUCCGGAAGUACGACGGUGAGGUGGGCAUUGCGGCCAAAGCACUCGUUACUAAGUGGAAAGCGAUGGUAGCUGCGGAAGAAUCGGAUGACAAUACUGCGAACGCAGGCACACACGGAGAAGGUGCGGACUCUGAAGGACGUCAGAAUGAGGAUGGUCAACAACGGAGCGACAUGAGUGAUCAGGAAGAAGACGGUCAUAAUCGUUCGUUGGCUGAUGAUGACGAUGAAGAUGACGAUGACGACGAAGACGACGACGACGACGAUCGGGGAUCACAUCACAAUACCGAUCAGGAUGAUUCCUAUGGUGAGCCACAGCUCCGCGUUUCAGAGGAAUUUGGCGCUGAAGCAGAAGGUAACGACAGCAAUAGCGAUGGAGAAGAAUCGGAUGAGCGAACGGAUCAGCCAGAAGUUCACUAUGUGAUGCAUCAUCGUGUAAUGGAACCGGAACCUCAGUUAAGUUCGGAAGAUAGAGCAACAUCCAGUCAGUGGAGUGGCCAUCACAGUGGUGCUGCCAGUAAGCGACAUUCUAACGAUAGUUCACGAAAUCAACAUCACACGUCCACUUCCAAAGCAUCCAGCAGCUCUAGCAGUGGACAGAAACAUAAGAAUGAUGAUAGAAGCGAUAGGGGCGAUAAAAGAAAGAAUGAUGGAGGUGACCACCAUCGACACUCAUCAAGUAGAGGGGAGUCAAAAUCUCACAAGUCCUCCUCCUCCAAGACGGACCAUCAUGGAUCGGCAAAAAAAUCAUCAUCGCACGGUGACGGUGACCGACACAAAGAUCGCAGUUCCUCAAAGCAUCACAGCACCAGCAACACAAACGAUCAUGGUACCGGUAGUAGCAGUAAUAAUAGCAGUAGUAGUCACGCACGGAAAGAUUCUAGUCAUAAAGAAGACCGACAUCGGUCAAAGGAGAAGCGCAGCGCAGAUGGUAGUUCGAAAAGGCACGCAUCGGAAGAAAACUAUGCCGAUAUGGAUGCGGCGUCCUCAUCGAAACGAUCUCGCAAAGAGCAUCGAACCGAUCAUGUCAGUGCAAAUAGCACUAUGCAGGGGAAUUCAUCAUCAUCGCCACAUGCAUCAGCUUCUACCUCAUCAUCACAUUCAAAGAAGGAAAAAUCAAAGGGACAUUCAUCUGGAUCAUAUUCCUCCUCUUCCAAGCGGCAUCACGAUAAAUCGGAAUCAUCACGGGAAAGAUCGGAGGAAACUAAGUCAAAAUCGAGACGGAAAGAUAAGUCUCGGUUGUCGCCGGCAUCAAACCAAGAGCACAACAAUGACGAUUCCCUCGGUGAGGAUGGUAACGAUGGACUUGACUGUUCCGGGGGGGCUAGCUUUGCGGAUGCACUUGCCAUGAUCGGUAUGCCUUCGGGAUCGAAGAAAAAACCGUCCGGUAGUAACAAGGAAAAGGUGAAAGUGACCGUAAUGAAAUCUUCCCCCGCUUCCACAUCGUCGAAUCAUCGAGAUAGUGACACGUCCUACUCGAGAAGUAAACAAGAGCAUGCAAGAGUAUCCUCUUCCUCCUCAUCUACAUCUGGUGCGCGUAACGGGGGUUUACCGACGGCUUCGGAGCUUCUUUCACAGAAUGUCAAACUGGAACCGCUUCCCGAGGCUUCGGAAAUCGUGGAAUCGCUUCCAAUGAUUUCGCCCCACUAUCGUCCGAUGCCUCUGAAUCAGACCGUGAUGGAGUGUGUGUUUUUGGGUGGACAGAGCGGUCGCGGUAAAGGUCGUCCCCUGACCGAAGAAGAGGCCCUCGGUCAGAGCAUGCAGUCCAAAAAUAUGCGUACGAAGGUUUAUUCCGGACAGAAGACGAACGCGAAAGGUGUAAUACCAACGUUGUACGAGCUGUGCAUUCGUUUGCUGCAGGAUCACGUCUAUGAGAUAGGCGCGACAGGUGGUAUACCGUUUUACAUCCUGAAACCGGUGCUUGAAAAAGCAAAUCCGACCCAACUACUUCACCUAGAGCACUUUAAUCCGCACUUUGUCGAAGAUAGCGAUGUCCUAUGGGAGCUACACUGCAAGCGCACGUUCCGAUCAAAACAACGUAACGAGGAGGAGCUGGAAACGUGGCGUGAAAUGUUUCUGCGCUGCUCCGAGGAACGCGACGCGAAGCUGAGAAGUCUUACGCAGAACAUCAAGCUUUCACAAGAACAGGCGGCGGCUCCGAUUCGCAAAACGCAACUAGCGUACGUCGAUUCCGCCGUCAAACCACCGCGAAGUGUGAUUAGCAAACAGGUCAAAUACGGCACGGCCCGAGCACCGGUUGUUUCUCCGGCGGCACGUGUAGCUGCCCUUAAGGCGGGUAACGUAACACAAGCCGGUGAUGCACGGCUACGAGUAGCGGCCGGUGCGCGCGAUAAUGCUCAAGCCCAAGUUUUCCAACCGACGAAACCGCGCAAGGCUCCAAUGAUGGCCAAAGUGUUGUCCUCGAUGAAGGGCUUCAAAACCAGCUUCCGCCGUUAG